UUCCCCGAGGUUCGUUGGUCUAAGGCCAUCGAGCUUGCUGUUGUGAUUGUUAACUGGACUACUGCCUCUGGUGUCCGAAGAACUGGUACUGCUACCGAUUAUAUCCAGCGUAUCGUGCCGGGUCAGAAGACUACCGCCACUAUCACUUCUGGUAGCUUCAAGUUCCCCGAGAGCCCGAUGACACCUAUGAUCAUGGCUGGCCUUGGUACUGGUCUUGCUCCCUUCCGCGCCUUCUCUCAGGAGCGUGCUUGGAUGAAGCGUCAGGGCAUCCAGACUGGUCCCAUGUGGCUCUUCUAUGGUUGCCGUCACCAGAGUAAGGAUUACAUCUUCGGUAACGAGCUCGAUGGUUUCGUUAAGGAGGGUGCCAUCACUGAGCUUCAUCCCGCAUUCUCUCGUGACCAGAAGGAGAAGGUCUAUGUGCAGAACAAGAUCGAUGAUAACAGCUCUCGUGUCUAUGAGGAUCUCAUUAAGAAGGGUGGUUACUUCUAUCUUUGCGGACAGGCUGGUCAGGUUGAGAACGACAUCAGGAGUGCCGUCUAUCGCGCUAUUUCAAAGGGUGAGAACGUCUCGAUUGAGAAGGCUAAGGAGAUAUUCGAAGACCUUGCUGAAAACGACCGUUAUUGCCCUGAAGUGUAUUAA